AACUUCCAGUACUAUGUUGAAUAAGAGUGGUGAACGUGGACAUCUUUGCCUUGUUCCCAAUGCUCCGGAGCCGCUGUCCCCGGUGGGUGGCGCGGGCGAGGAGGCGCCAGAUGAGGACGAGGACGAGGUGGAGGCCGAGGACCCGGAGAGGCCGGCGGGAGUGAGUGGAGCGCGCAGCUGUGGCGGCGGCGGCAGCGGGGCCGGAGCGGGGGGCUGCGGCGCGCCGGGGGCCGCGCUCACCAGGCGCGCGGUCACGCUGCGCGUGCUCCUCAAAGACGCGCAGCUGGAGCCUGGCGCCGGGGUGCUGUCUAUCUACUACCUGGGGAAGAAGUUCGUGGGGGACCUGCAGCCCGAUGGGAGGAUCGUGUGGCAGGAAACGGGGCAGGUGUUCAACUCCCCCAGCGCCUGGGCCACCCACUGCAAGAAGCUGGUGAACCCGGCCAAGAAGUCAGGCUGUGGCUGGGCUUCCGUCAAGUACAAAGGCCAGAAACUGGACAAGUACAAGGCUGCCUGGCUCCGGCGACACCAGCUCCAUGUGCCUGCAGCUGCCGCUGAUGAGAGCCCUGCCAGCGAAGGGGAGGAGGAGGAGCUGCUGAUGGAGGAAGAGGAGGAGGAAGUUCUGGCAGGGGUCUCAGCGGAGGACAAGAAUCGGAGACCACCUGCCAAGGGCGCCUCCGAGCCUGCCCACCCCGAGACCACGCCCCCGGGCAAGCGGGUGGAAAACAAGAUGCGGGUGCCUGUGAGAUACUGCAUGUUGGGCAGUCGUGACUCUGCCAGAAACCCCCACACCCUGGUGGAAGUAACAUCCUUCGCAGCCAUCAACAAGUUCCAGCCGUUCAACGUGGCCAUCUCCAGCAACGUGCUGUUCCUGCUGGACUUCCACAGCCACCUGACUCGCAGCGAGAUCGUGGGCUACCUGGGAGGCCGCUGGGACAUCAACAGCCAGAUGCUCACCGUGCUGAGAGCCUUCCCCUGUCGCAGCCGGUUGGGGGACGCAGACACUGCGGCCACCAUGGAAGAGGAGAUCUACCAGAGCCUGCUCCUGCGGGGCCUGUCCCUGGUAGGCUGGUACCACAGCCACCCGCACAGCCCGGAGCUGCCGUCGCUACAGGACAUCGACGUGCAGAUGGACUACCAGCUUCGGCUCCAGGGCUCCAGCAAUGGCUUCCAACCCUGCCUCGCCCUGCUCUGCUCUCCUUACUACUCUGGCAACCCAGGACUGGAGUCCAAGAUAUCACCCUUCUGGGUGAUGCCUCCCCCUGAGCAAAGGCCCAGUGACUACGGCAUCCCCAUGGACGUGGAGAUGGCCUAUGUCCAGGACAGCUUCCUGACUAAUGACAUCAUUCAUGAGAUGAUGCUGCUGGUGGAGUUUUACAAGGGCGCCCCAGACCUCGUGCGGUUCCAGGAGUCCUGGAGCCAGGAGCACACCUACCUUGACAAGCUGAAGGUCUCCCUGGCCAGCCGGAUGCCCAAGGACCAGGGCCUGUGCCACGUCCUGGAGCAAGUUUACAGCAUCCUGAAACAAGGGAGCUGAGGACACCGGCCUCUGAGGACCCGGGGGGCCUCCUGGUCAGACUGAGUCCCCGCCCCCGCCCCUGGUGGCUCUGGGUGAGGGGGACGGGGUUAGGGGCUUUGUUUGCGGCUACACUGCUCUGUUCCUAUGUGACCGAGUUAUGCGAUGGCUGGGACUCAGGUAAUAAAGGAGAGAAGCAAGCAGCCCAGGCAUGUGUCGCGCCCUGGGGUGGGGGACCCCCAGCACUCAUCACCAGGUGCAUACGCUACUGUCUGGACGGUGGUGCAUUCAUGGAGCUGUGUGUGUGGACGGUGCUGGGCUGACCCUAGCGCUGCCCCUUCCGGGGGCUGUGGGAGGGGCGUUUUGGGGA